AUGGGCAAAGCACCAGCGUUUACCUCGAACCCGUACCCGGCCCUUGUGCUUUCCGAUGCAGACCGACUCGAGCUGCUGCAGCUCGAACGAGAUUUGAUCGUCGAAAUCUUUCCAAAGUAUGAAGCGUUUGUCCUCGAUGACAAUCGAGAAGUCAAGCGCGCGCAGUGGAAGUCGAUCGGCGACGACAAGAACUUGCACGUCUUUGCAGAGCGCAAAGGGUGGAGCGAUGAGCUGGUAGCCGACGACCCGUCGACGCAAGAAGCAGCAGACAGCUGGCAGAAGCACAUGCCUCUCAUUCUCGCAGUGGGGACGUUCGAAGGCGAGUUGAAUGACCUCAUGUUUGGCACGGUGAACCCGACCCAGGAGAUCAUGCGCGUCAAGGCGUCGUACGUAAAGGACUACAGCGACGGCGCUGUGUUGGCCAACAUCAUUGUCCCUACAGUCAGAGACCCGUUCCGCUCCGUCUCUGUAAAGUGGACUCAGAUCAACUUGCCUCUCAAUCAGACUGGACUGACCCAAAAUCGAGACUUUGUCUGUCUCGAAGCGACGGGCAUUCUGCACUUUGCCAAUGGAGACCGUGUUGGCUACCAGCUCCUGCACUCGAUCGACUUUCCAUGCACGCAGCCACUGCCUGGAACUAUCCGUGCUCGACACAAGAUCAUUGGGUUCUAUCGGCAAAUGAGUCACAACGUCAUCGACACGUUUGCCCUCGACAAUGUGCAUCCAGGUGGCAAAGUCUUCCGUUCGCUUGCACUGGAAGUCUCAGCGAAGGCGCUGCUUUCGACGACGAACUAUGUGAUCUGUGGACAAGCCAAGAAACUGACGUGGAGACUGCAACAUCGAUACGCCGAGACGCGGUAUACUGGUUUCCGAAAGAGCACGCGCAACGUAUUGGCGGGGGAGAAUGCGUGCAGUGCUUGUGCGCGGAAUCUCGCCCGUGGAAGCUUUGGUCUUCCGAGAGUGGGCGCUAUUGGGAAGAGCGUUUGCAAGCUCUGUAUGCACCACGUGUGCCUCAAGUGCAAGCGACCCAAGGGAAUCAGUUUCCUGGCACCGAACGGGAAGCUACUGCGUCACAAAAUCACGUUUUGCGUCAUGUGCAUGAGCGAAGUUACGCAGAUGGACGCGUUGCCAGCGGCGUGCGACCAAGCGGAGGGCUAUCAAGCUUACAAUGUGAUGGCGUCCCUGUCGGGAUCGGACAUCCUUUCUGACGACCUCAAUGUGUGA